CACACACUUUAACAAAUAACCCUUUUUUUCCUUCACCUUUUUGUUUACUAGUCAGAGUGAUAGAGAAAUUUAUUGAGAAUGGAGGCAGUAGUAGUGGACGUUGGUUCUAAAUUACUCAAAGCUGGUUUUGCUAUUCCAGAUCAAACUCCUUCUAUGGUAAUACCAACACAAAUGAAACGAAUUCCUGAAGAUGAUGAAGGUUCCAUGGUUGAGGAGGAAGAAGUGACUGUGGAUCCCAUUGAGAGAGGUUUUAUUAAAGAUUGGGAUGCCAUGGAGGACUUGUUGCACCAUGUUCUUUAUUCUGGUCUUGGUUGGGAAAUUGGAAAUGAAGGUCAAAUUUUGUUCACUGACCCACUCUGCACUCCCAAGGCUAUUAGGGAACAAUUGGUGCAAUUGAUGUUUGAAACAUUUAACAUCUCGGGCUUUUAUGCCUCUGAGCAGGCAGUAUUGUCGCUUUAUGCUGUUGGACGCAUAUCUGGCUGCACUGUUGAUGUUGGUCAUGGGAAAAUUGAUAUUGCACCUGUUAUCGAGGGUGCUGUUCAUCACAUAGCAUCAAGAAGGUUGGAAAUUGGGGGCUUGGAUUUGACAAAGCUGCUAGCAGAUGAGCUUAGUAAAUCAAAUCCAACGGUGAAACUCAAUAUUUCUGACGUUGAAAAAUUGAAAGAGCUACAUGCAUGCUGUGCUGAUGAUGAUAUUGCCUAUGAAAAGAUUCAACAAUCAUGCGAGGAAAAUGAAUAUACUCUGCCUGAUGGCCAGGUAAUCACAAUUGGAAAAGAAAUGUACACUGUUGGAGAGGCAUUGUUUCAACCAUCUAUAUUGGGUAAUGAUACUCAUGGAAUAGUUGAGCAGCUUGUUCAUAGUAUUUCGUCUGUGUCAUCUGAAAAUCACCGCCAGCUGCUAGAGAACACAGUACUUUGUGGUGGCACUACUACAAUAAAAGGAUUUGAGGAACGGUUCCAAAGAGAAGCUACAUUUUGCUCAUCAGCAGUUCGUCCCUCGCUAGUAAAGGCUCCAGAAUAUAUGCCAGAGAACUUGACUUCAUAUUCAGCAUGGAUUGGUGGUGCUAUACUUGCCAAAGUUGUUUUCCCUCAAAACCAGCACAUAACUAAGGCUGAUUACGACGAGAGUGGACCUUCUGUUGUUCAUCGAAAAUGCUUUUAACACUAGGAGAUACAUUUGCACUUUUUAAAUUUGUAGUUGCUUCCCUAGAAUGUUAGUUCGAGCGACUUCUUGUUUAUUGAGAAUGCGGUCCUGUACAUCAAUUCACCAACUAGUUGGUUUCAGAUUUGUUAGUUAAACUAAGAGGCUUACUUCAAUGGAUAUCUACCCUUGUGCUCA